AGAGGUUCUGCCGUUUCAGUAGUAUCAUCCUAUUGUUGUUCGGUGUUGCCCAAACGAUUUUUCUUGUUGUGUGCUGUCGCUUCACCUUCACUGAGAAGCGCAACAAACGCGGUUUUUGUUGUUGUUCCCAACUCUGUCCUCACCGAUUGGCUUCAGUGAAGGGCUAACGAGCCUGUCCGAGAAUGAACACGUCGACGGAGAAGAUCACCAUCAACUUCAACACGUCUAGGUUUGGCAUCAAGGUUGCGGAUGGCAGCUUCGACCCUACCACCACCAUCGGCGAAGUCCACGCUCGGCUUCGGAAGAAGCUCAUGAAGGCCAAAGUUGCUCCUGCGUCCCCUCUACUCCACAGCGAGGGGGCCACGGUAGGGGGAGCAGCAUCGGGAGGCAGUGGUGGCGGUGGUAACGGCGCUGCGACGUACGUUUUUGUUCGCAACGGCACCGAGGCUUUUAUUCCAGCACCGGAACAGACGCUUCAAACGCUGUUGGAUCUGUACGCGACAGCACCGGGGCAGCGGAAGCUGUACGUGACGAUUGACCCAGAGGUGUUCAGUGGCUGA